GUGUGUGGGUGGGUGUGGAAGACCCUGUGUGUCACACAUCACUAGUGUUAACUGUCCCGAUAGAGAAAGCAAAGACACAGAUGAUGUGCGAUCAGUGCUCAUGAGCCAGCCUUGGACCUGAACCUGGACCUGGACACAGAACUGCUGGACUUAGACCUGGACCCUCCGCCGCCAACAACAUGCUGUGGUUCAUGGAGGGGUCGUGCUUCCUGCCCAUCUUCCUUGUCAUCUGGUCCUCCAGCACCUUCAUCGUGUCCUACAUCGUUGCGCUACUCCGGCACGAUGUCGACGUUAUCUUCCCCUACAUAAGUGACACGGGUGCCGAACCUCCAGAAAGCAGUAUAUUUGGAAUAAUGACGACCAUUUCCGCUUUUGCAGGUGUGACCACCAUGUUUGCCAGGUACAAAUAUGUGGAGAAGAUAAACAGCAUGAUCAGAAAAAUGAACCCCAGGCUGAAUAUGGCUGCCCUGUGGAUUGGAUGCUUAUCCUGCUUGGGAAUGUGUUUUGUGGCAACAUUUCAGGUGACCGUGGAGCCAUUGGUUCAUGAUAUCGCUGCUCUAUGUUUCUUCGUCUCUGGAGUGAUAUACGUCAUUGUUCAGUCCGUUAUCUCAUACAAGAUCCACCCUUAUGGCUCCUCCAUGCCUGUGUGCCAUAUCCGAGCAGCGAUCGCCACUUUCUCCUUACUAGCUGCCUUUCCCAUGAUCGUGUGUGCGGCAUUUGUGAAGACACCCGGGAUGCACUGGAAGAUACAUGACAAGGAGUAUGAGCUGCAUGUAGUCAGCGCUGUCAGCGAAUGGAUGGUGGCAUUUGGCUUUGUUUUCUUCUUCUUCACCUAUAUUCGAGAAUUCAAGGUAAUUCUCUCAUUCCUUACACCUGAAAGCAACUUUCACAUCAUGUCCGUAAAUUUUCCCUCCAUACACCUGCAUGUCUGUCCUUUUAGGUUCUUUCUGUAUAUUAUAUUGUUUGUUUUCCUUAUGAAAUCAAUAACUGUUAGGAAAUGAAUUACCGUCCAGAAAUAUUAGGCUGAGUUUCUUUACCAGAAAAAUUGUCCCUUUUUUGUAAAAACAACAAAGUUUGAUUUUUGACGUUUGCUCAUACUAACACCACACUCUGACCACCAGCAGCAUGUUGCAAUUCUUUAAUUGUAGUUCUUAUUUCUCUCCCUUGCAGAAAUUCACACUGAUGGUGAAUGUGGAGAUCAUAGAUUGACAAAAACUUACAUUAGAUUUUCAUUUUAUCCAUUACAGUAUCUUUAAGGAACUUUCUUACUGUGUAUAUAUUUUUGUAUUCUAACUUUUUAUAAAGUUGCCUCAUUCACAAAGGCAGCAAGCACUUUGGAAUAAACUAAUUUAUUUACAUGGGUGUUUGUAUUUUUGUGUAUAUUCACAAUUUACAAUUUCCAUCCGCAAUUCUACUCUGUAGUGCAAAUCAAUGACUCACUGGACCCCCAGUAAAAUGUCAAAGGAUGAGUGUUUGAUAAGAGGAGAUCUGGUUGAGUUACUCCAGAAAGAACAAUUUAUAGUUCAUCAACAUAAUAAUGGGUAAGGCAUGU